AUGGCUCCAAGACUGCUCAAACUGGCGCCGGUCGCCAUACUGCUAUCAUUGAUAUGUCUUGCGUAUGCUCAAGACCAUGCCAAGAUCAACAACGCAGCGGUCGACAUAGGAUCAUUGAGCACGCAGGAGAUCGAGGAUGAACUACAACAAUGCCCAAUCAUACAGGCCUUGCACGUCCACAAGCAAUCGCACAGCAGCACCACUCCCUCCCUGCUCAGCCAGUCAUUCAAGCUGCUGUUCCCCUUCGCUUCGCCAGCGUACAACUCCCUUAUGGGAUGUCUCUACAUCUCUGGCCCACCGAAUUUUCUGCUCGCACUCGUCCCAACCGACGUCGACCCAAGCAGUUUGAUCAUCAUGGUCGCGUUCGCCGUGGGCGGCUUAUUAGGAGACGUGUUCUUCCACCUCAUGCCCGAGAUCUUCCUCGGCGAGGUACCCGAAGGCGAAGUCAGAGCUGUGCUGGUAGAGCCGAAUAAGAACUUGCUGCUGGGAGUAGCGAUCAUGGUGGGCUUUGUGACAUUCGUAGGGAUGGACAAGGGUUUGAGGAUUGCGACUGGUGGUGCGGGACAUACACACUCACACGAUGAUGCGUCGUCGAACGGGCAAGCUGUUGGCUCUGAAAAAGCAGCCGCAACGGGCUCGUCGGCCAGCACGGAUGGUGAGAUACGACAGCGGAAGCAAGCUACGAAGGACGUGGCCUCGACAGUGCCACCGCCGUCGGAGAAGCCGAAGGAGGUCAAGCUUUCAGCGUACCUCAAUAUUCUGGCAGACUUUACGCACAACAUCACCGACGGCUUGGCGCUCUCUUCGUCGUUCUACGCAUCUCCGACAAUCGGCGCAACGACAACCCUUGCCGUUUUCUGUCAUGAGAUCCCACACGAAGUUGGCGACUUCGCGUUGCUAAUCCAGGGAGGGAUGAGCAAGAAAGUCGCCAUGGGCUUGCAGUUCGUCACCGCUCUUGGCGCAGUCCUAGGCACGAUCAUUGGCAUCGUCGUGCAAGAGUACGGUGGCGGCGGAGCGGAGGUUGUGGGCAAAGGCAUGGGUUUGGCAGGCACCAGCCUCAACUGGGGAGAUCUACUGCUGCCAUUUACAGCUGGAACUUUCUUGUAUGUGGGCACAGUUGGCGUGAUACCAGAAAUGCUGGAGACAGGGCCGAACAAGAUGAAGGAGCUGCGGGCGACGGCGAUGCAGUAUUUGGCUAUGGCUGCUGGAGCUGGUAUCAUGCUUGGGAUAUCUUGGGACUGA